CUCCUCGCCAUCAUACUGUCAUCAACGGUGAAGGGCAAUUACACGUACGCAUCCCGAAGACAUCACUGCAGCUCCGACGAGUAUUAAGGCGCCUUUUUGCACCGACUGCACUUGAACAUCGUUACUGAAGCGAGAGUCUUUCGAGUCUCUGCCGCAAAUGGCAUCCGCCCUACACAGUUGGGCUUUGCCACGACUUCAGCAGCUUUUGCCAAUUGAUGACGAGUCCCUCCAGCAGAUCAUCUCGUAUUCCGAGUCACUGCCCAAAGACGCAGCGGCCGAUCAUCUCAAGAACUUGCUCGGCGACGACGCGAAGAGCCUGGAGUUCAUCUCGAGCUUCAACCAGCGGCGUCGAGAUGUGGCAGCGUCUGCAGCACCUCGACCCAGCACGGUAGGAAGCCGCAACGAAACAGGCACAAGUGAAGUACCACGACGGCCGAAGACGCAGCCCAAGAAGAAGGCAAAUAUACAUGCUUUGCCGCCUCGACCAUUGCCGGGUCAGGGCAUGGUUGAUGCUGCGUACGUCAAGCGCGCGGAAGACGAUUACAUGCCGGGAAGCUCGCGCCAGAAACACAAAGAGCACGUUGCGGACAGCCUCGCGCUCAGCGACCCCAGACCGCAUCCCACGCAAAUGCCUCUGAUCACUGACGAUGCAAGUGUGACUGCCAAGCCCAUUAUCUCAAAGCCGCCGCCACCUUCUGCCUCAGGCCGUCUCAUCUCAGAUUCUCUCUCAGCAACAAGAUCAUCCUCCACACAGCACUCAAGAGUCAGAUCGCCCGCUCCUAAGACCAAGGUCAGUAUAUCCGGAGGCACCGCAAUGCACGGUGCUUCUACUGCAUUGUCAGAUUUAGAUUCUGCAAUUAGGAGCCUGGAAGUGCAGACUAAUCCUGCGCUACUCGCUUCGUCUGCUGUGGAUGACGAGAAGCGGAAAUGCAACUGUAUGGCAACGAGGCACCCUCUUUUGGACAUGGCCCCAAAUUGCCUUAAUUGUGGCAAGGUCAUUUGUGUGAAAGAGGGCCUAGGACCAUGUACAUUCUGCAAGUCGCCUCUGCUCACGCCAGAUGAAAUCCAAAAGGUCCUUAGAGUACUGAAAGACGAGCGCGGGGAGGAGCGGAUGAAAGCAAACAACUCAGCACACAAGAAGGCCGAAGUAGCACACGGUAAGGCAAGAGCUUUCACCGGUCGUGAUUUUCUUUCACAGGCUUCGUCUGCCCGAUCUUCUCCCCUCUCCUCGGCACCAGGUACCCCGGACGGCUCAGAUGAUGAGGCCGGCAAGAAAGCAAAGGCGCAUCGCGACAAAUUGCUUGGCUUUCAAGCCCAAAAUGCUCGCAGAACCCAGAUACAUGACGAAGCUGCAGACUUCGAUGUGCCAACAGCCGGCACAAACAUGUGGGCGAGUCCUCAAGAGCGCGCUCAGCAACUCAAGAAGCAGCAGCGUGUCCUUCGUGAGAUGGAGUGGAGUGCGAAGCCAGAAUAUGAGAAGCGACAAGUGGUUGCUAGUAUUGACCUCAAAGGAGGCAAGGUCGUAAGACGGAUGGCAGAGGUUGAGAAGCCUGAUUUCAGCGCCGAAAACGAUGACGAUAUGGUCGAUGAUAGUCAAGCACCAGCUAGAACUGAAGGAGGCGCUUUUAGUAACAAUCCUCUGGCUUCCGGUCUGAUACGACCACUGGCCCGAGAAGGAAAAGGCAAGGAAGCCAUUAGAGACAGGAAGACCACCCAUUGGCGCAGAGUACAAAUGGAUGAAGAUGAUAACGAGCAGUGGAUCCUCGAUGGCGGAGUCUACGGCGACUCCACUCGUCCUCUGGGCAACGAAGAACAUGCAGUUGGUUCAUGAGAAGUUGUCUCCCCAGAUCUCCAUCUUACUGAAUACUUGCAUGCUUCAAAUCCUUCAAAAUUGUAACAACGCCUGUAAGUAUUCACUGUUUACCUCGCUUUGAAAAGCAGGCGCGAGACUUGUAAAUCUUGGGUGAAGCUAGGCGGUCCAAAGCAUCACAGUGACUCCAACUCCAAGCACUU